CGGGAGACUUAUUGGCUGUCCUGCAGGACAUGUAUUUAUGCAUGGGGAUAGCCGGAACAUGUGGAUGCGUUAUAUUAUUAUCUCCACCAUUCAACCACCAUUUAUCGUUGAACAAGCCGACGCUAUCAGACGCUGUUCUCUUCUAUGUGGUUUACGUGUAUGAAGUAAUUAUUAAUAACAGAAAUAGUUGUUUUCGAUUAUUAUUGCCAGUGUAAUCAGAACAUAUUUUGAGCGCAAAGGUCCUUGUUAUUUUCAAUAAUGAGUGGCAAAUGGCAAAGUGACAGGAGAGGAAGCAGAAUGGAUAGAAACAAUCAUUCUCAGAGAUAUAAUAGAUCAUCCGAAGAUAACUGGAAGGAGCCACAUACGUCAAACUACAACAACAGCUCAUCUAGGAGGAAUACCAAUAGAUCAUCCGAAGAUGAUUGGAAGGAGUCAAGUACACCAAACUAUGGCAACAGUUCAUAUAACAGAAGUGGCAAUAGAUCAUUUGAUGAUGAGUGGAAGGAAUCAAGUACACCAAACUAUGGCAAUAGUUCACAUAACAGAAGUACCAAUAGAUCAGUCGACGAUGAGUGGAAUGAGUCGAGUUCAAGAACCUACAGCAACAGUUCAUAUAGGAGGAACACCAACAGCAACUCAAACAAUACAAAUGGGCUUGUCAUACAUAUUGAUAGCGACAAAAUUGGAAAACUUAUUGGAAAAGGUGGCAGUAAAAUUAAAGCUUUGCAAGAUGAGAGCAAUGCUAAGAUUAAUAUUGACAGACAAUCUUCUGAUAAUGGACAGACUGCUGUAACGCUGAUCGGUACAGAUGAUGCACAACAACGAGCUAAGGGCUUAAUAGAAGAGUUAUUAACUGAUCAAAAUUAUUCACAUCGAAAUGUCAGAACUGUACAAAAUACAGAAAAGUCUGAGCCUGAGCCUGAGCCUGAGCAGAAACAAGAUGAUAUUGAUUGGUCAACUUUUGACUGGGCCAAGGCUAAUGCAGAAUAUGAGGAACGUCAGAAGCAAAAAUGGGCAUCUUUGCCUCCUAUCAAAAAGAAUUUUUACAUAGAAGAUCCAGUUGUUGCCAAAAUGUCUGAAAAGAAAGUAGCUGACAUCAGGACAAGUAAUAAUAACAUAGAAGUUAGACAUAUUUUCGAGAAAGAAGAAGGCUCUGAUAACGAAUUAAAAAUACUAAAUCCUGUUGAAACUUUUGAACAAGCUUUUCAACACUACCCGGAUAUUCUUAAGGAAAUACAGAAGCAAGGAUUUGAAAAGCCUAGUCCCAUACAGUGUCAGGCAUGGCCUAUUCUACUGAGUGGUCAGGAUCUUAUUGGAAUAGCGCAAACCGGCACAGGAAAAACUCUCGCUUUUUUACUGCCUGCUUUGAUUCACAUCGAUGGCCAAGUAACUCCACGCGAAGAGCGUACUGGACCAAACGUUCUCGUUAUGGCACCAACGAGAGAAUUGGCAUUGCAAAUUGAAAAGGAAGUGGGAAAGUAUUCUUAUCACGGUAUUAAAGCGGUUUGCGUGUAUGGUGGUGGAAAUCGCAAAGCGCAGAUCGACGUUGUCACUAAAGGCGUGCAGAUAGUAAUUGCGACUCCUGGAAGGUUAAAUGAUUUGGUGCAAGCGAAAAUAUUAGAUGUAUCAGCUGUGACAUAUCUCAUACUCGACGAAGCGGAUCGUAUGUUAGACAUGGGUUUCGAACCACAAAUUCGUAAGAGCUUACUGGGUGUGCGGCCAGACAGACAAACUGUUAUGACAAGCGCUACGUGGCCUGAAGGCGUAAGAUAUUUAGCAAAAUCGUACAUGAAAAAUCCGAUUCAAGUAUUCGUUGGAUCACUUGAUUUAGCAGCUGUCCACUCUGUAACGCAGAGGAUUGUUAUGAUUGAUGAAUCUGAAAAGUUAGACAUGAUGUAUCAGUUCUUUCGAGAAAUGGGACCUCAGGAUAAGGUGAUAGUAUUUUUUGGUAAGAAAGCCAGAGUGGACGAUGUCUCUAGCGAACUAGCUUUAACGAACAUUGACUGCCAAAGUAUUCACGGCGACAGAGAGCAAGCGGACAGGGAACAAGCGUUAGAAGAUUUGAAGACUGGAGAGGUGCAAAUUCUUCUUGCGACCGAUGUGGCCAGUCGAGGAAUCGACAUUGAAGAUAUUACACACGUGUUUAACUUUGACUUCCCGCGGGAUAUAGAGGAAUACGUUCACAGAGUUGGGCGUACCGGACGCGCCGGUAAAACGGGCGAAAGUAUCACUCUGAUGACGAGGAGUGACUGGCAUCAUGCUAAGCAACUUAUUCGUAUACUCGAAGAGGCUAGUCAAGAAGUACCUGAAGAAUUAUAUAAAAUGUCUGAAAGGUAUGAGGCAUUUAAAACUAAAAGGAAAUCCGAGGGUGAUGGUAGAAGCAGAUAUGGUACUGGCGACAGAAGUAGAUACGGUAACAAAAAUAGACAUCGUGAUAAUCAGUGGUUUUAAGAUCCACCGGAUUAAUGAUACAAGACUUACUUUCGCCUCGGAUUUAUGUGUUUAAAUAUAUAUCAAAUGAUUAAAAGUUUUAUUUAACUUAAUUUUAUAUACAGGAUUAUUAAUAUGAAACCAUUGUGAUAUUUCUACAGUGGAACUUUGAACUUUUUUGGUUUCUCUAUUUUGCCACAUCUUGUCUUACUCUUUCGUCAUUUCAUAUCUGCUUUUGAUGUGAAGCGAUGAAAGAACAGCGCAAGAAGUAAAAAUUGUAAAAUAUAGAGAUUCUAUUGUGAGAUUUUAAGAAAAGUAAUCUCGGGGAACAAUUAUUUUUA